AUGAAAAUACCAGAAAAUUUCUUAAGAAAAAGCCAAGAAGAGGAAAUUGAAACUCAAAAGUUUUUUUUACUGAUUGAAAAUUCAUGUAAUUUGAUUGAAAUUAACCUUCUAACUUCAGAAACAAAAGUGACUGAUCUAUCUAUUCCUACAGCUGGAAAUUAUGUUUUUGAUGGAAGAAUUUGUGUAUGCCUUUUACCUGAAAACGUUCUAUUUUGUUAUGGAGGUACCAAAGUAUGAGGAGAAUUGAUUGGCAUUACUUAUUUGAUCAAUGAAAAGCUUGAAAUUCAGAUGCUGCCUUCUGGACUGCCAGCUCUUGGGUGUAUUGCAAGUUAUUAUCAAAAUUUUGUUUAUGUAUUUGGAACUGCUUUUGCUAGAAAAUUUAAUUUAAAUGAACAAAAAUGGGAAAAAUUGGUACCGAUUCCAGACUUUUAUAGAUUAUGUAGCUGUAUUACUUUUAAUGACUUUAUUUUGGUUUCUGAAUAUGAUUCCCAAAAAAUAUUUGUAUUGGAUUUAUUAAUUUUUUCAUAUUCUUGGGUCUCAACAAUUAUGCUAGAGCUAAAAAGAUCAAAAAUCUUUUUCAAACGAGAAAAUCUGGCUUAUUUAAUUGAUUUUUCUGGGAUAAUACUUCAAAGCGGCUUGGAUAAUCCCUUUGAUUGGAAUACUAUUGGGAUUUGUGAGUCUUCAAAUUAUUCAACAUAUGGAUGCAAAGUAUUUUACAGGAAUAGCUGAUAUUUUCCUUUGGGACCAAAUAUUAUGAAAUUUAACUUAAAUAAAAAUAGAAAUUGAAAGCAAGUAAUCAACUCUACAAAAGUUUGGAGGAGAAUUGAUGAAUUUUAUUAA